UCCUCCCGAGCCGCCGGCGCCGCUGCUCGCGGGUCCCGGAGCGGUGAGGGCGGGGCCGGCGGGGGGGCGCGGGGCGCCGGGGCGGGCGCGGGCCGGGGCGCGCGGGGUGGGGGGCCGGGGCGCGCGCGCUGAGCUCCGGUCCCGCUGGCAGGGCGGCCCGGCUCCUCGGCUCGGCCAUGGCGCCCCCGCCGCGCGCAGGGUCGCUGAUGUCGCCGCCGCCGCUGCCGCUGCUGCUGCUGCUCGGCCUCGCGCUCCUGGGCGUCCGGGCGCGCUGCCGAGCCCAGCCGCCCGGGAGCGCCGUCCCCGCGCAGAGCCGCCCGUGCGUCGACUGCCACGCCUUCGAGUUCAUGCAGCGCGCGCUGCAGGACCUGCGCAAGACGGCCCACAGCCUGGACGCGCGGACCCGCCCUGGGGACCCUGGGGGAGGAUGACCAGCCCCAAUCCAGGACACCCAAGACGGAGACCCUCCUGCUGCAGGCCGAGCGCCGGGCCCUGUGCGCCUGCUGGCCUGCCGGGCGCUGACGCCACCGGACGCCGCCCUCACCAAUAAACACGGCCCAGCCGCUCCCGUGUCCUGUGUCCCUGCUCUGCCCACUCUGGCGGCCCCGGUUGGGCCCUUUCUGGGCCUCGGUUUACCCAGUGGUCCCCUGUGGACUGGGGCCCCCUUGGCACCUGUCCGUGGCCUCAGCAGGGCAGAGGCAGAUGUGGCCACACGUCUACCUGCUGGGUCCACACCCCAGGCACGGCCCUGGCCUCUGUAAGGCCACCUCCCAUGGCCGUGACGCUGACCUGCUCCCGUGCCGGAGUGGAGGUGGGGGUGCUGGAGGAGCUGGCUCUGAGCCCCCGCCUGUGUGCCGGAGUGGGGUGCUGCAGUCAGCGGGUCCCCCCGUGGGAGGAGGCAGUGCUGGUGGCCCCUGCCGAGGCAGCACCUGCUGUGGCCAAGAGCAGAGCCUGGCAGGAGGGCCACCCGCGGGUGUUCAGGGGCAGGCCGAGGGGGCAGUGGGCAGCGUCCUCCCGGCCUCCCAUGGCCCAGACCCCAGGCCUGCCGUGUCCGCCCUGGGCCCCAGACGAGGCUGUGACCUCAUCCCCGCCUGGCUGUGGAGGGGCCCUGGGCAGCGGGACCCCCAGGCUGCCCUCCCUCCCUUGAAGCAGGUCACAGCCUCUGCACAGCACUGAAGGUCAGAAGCAAACCCAGGUUAGGGUGACCGCUGGUGGCCGCCACCUGGCCCAGGGCCCCUUGGCUUGAUGCCUUCUCAGGCCAUGGACCUGGGUGUUGCUGUCCACCUUCCGGGAGGACACCGAGGUUUUGGCUCCCAGGUCCCCACCACUCACUCUGCCACGUCGUUACUGUCCUGGCUCCUGCUGGUUGUCUUUGUAACGCAUGGUGGACAGACAGACAGACAGAUGAUAGAUGCACUGACACCCCAGACAUCUGUGUCUGUAUUUAUGCCCCUAGUCCAUGUUCCGGGGGCUUUGCAGCACCUGCCCUGCCCCUCCCCCACUGGCCUCCGAAGCACGGACCCGUCCUGCCGUCAGUGCUUUUAUGCCUGGAAGCACCUGGAAAGGCCUGGAAGCAUCUGGAAGGACAGCUCUCUGGGAUGGGGAGACAGAUGUCAGCCUGAAGAAGUGGGCGGCCAGGGAGCCUGGGGGUGGUGGAGGUGGGCGGGUCCCGCAGCCCUCACACCCGGGCAGAGAGGGGUGGGGGGCGCUGGGGCCGGUGCUUGCACCUGCUGUUUGGCCCCGGCACGGCACUGGCCCAGCUGCAGGGGCGCAGGGACAGGGUCUUUGUCCUGAGCUUGGGUCGCUGGAUUUCGCAGAUGCAAACGCAGGUUAGCGCAGCGUUGGCUGGUGUAAGUACAGCCCAUGCAAUAAAUGGGACAUACUUACCCCAAAAGUUACUUGUAGAUUUGCCCAAUUUAAGGAUGCCCUGAAUUUUGUCUGGCAGCCGCUCUGGGCAGCCAUGGACCCUACUGUUGGGGGUUCUGUUACUGUGGGAGAAGGGGCACCGUCCCUCGCUGCUGCGAUCCUGCAGGGGCUGAGGCUGACCACUGGACUCAGCGACCCUGGUCCUUGGUGGCCUUGACCCGAGCAGGGCCGGGGGGCCGGGAGGGUUGGUGGGUUCCCUGGAGGAUGGGAGGAGGGCGGUAGAGCCGAGGUGGACACCUCCUGCAGGGUCACGUGUCCCAUGGCCGUGCUCGAGCUCUGCUGCUCAUCCACCGGUGGAUCCAGCAAAACGCUUCCGUCCUGUCAGCAGCUCUCGGCUCAGCCGGGAUUGUGUUGUCUUCUUAGUAGUUUUUGUCUUUCCUGGACUUGAAGUUCGCCUUGCUUUUCUCCCCGGCACUGUCAGCCUCUGCCCCAUGCUGGCCUCCUCCUGCAGCCGAGUUAUUGCCUCGAACUCCUGCCCCCUGCGCCCAGCGUCCCUGGGGCCUGCCGGGAGCUGCCGGCUCCUGCCCCCCAUACAGCCUCGCUCUUAGUUGUCCUGUUGCCCGCAUCCCAGUCGCCUCCUAGUGUAAGAGCAUGUGGGAAGCGAAGUUUCUGGAAAUGACUUCUGCUGGCACGCGGGGUUCUUGCUCAGCCGGGGGCCCCGUGGGGGGCCUCACCUGGCAGCACUCAGUGCUGUCCUUUCUGCACAGCGUCUGUCCCUGAGGGACGCCAGAGCCUGCCUGCGCUUAUCAGUUUAUCUGCGGGCUCCCCACGGCCUGACGCCCCAGGAGGGCAGGUGCUUAGUUCUCUCCAGGCUGCCCCAGGGAGAUGCCAGGUCCGGGGCACUGAGAAUGGGGGCUGGUGCCUUCUGUGAACCCCUGGCCUGCCCACGGCCGCCCCCAGCCUUGUUCCUUUCUUGCCCUCUGCACACCCUGGGACCCCUCUUUGCCUGUGUUGAGGUACCUUCUGCACUCAGGGUGCUGGGAGGCUCUAAUCCAGGGCCUGGGUGGUGCUGACUGGGGAAAUUCUUAUUUUCCCUCCAUCUUCCCCUCUCUUUGCUCUUGGUGGAACUCCUGUGGGUGGCACCUGGGCCCUCUGGAAGGGUGUCUGUUCUUUCCUGAUGUUUUUGUUCCACAUCCAGGAGAUCCCCAAGGUUUCCAUCCACCUUGGGGGGCCCUGUGGCCUGUGUAUGCCACAGCCUCCCACUUGCCCUUCUCCAGCCCCGAGCAGGUCCCCUGGCUCCAGGAGGACACCCUUGUGGGGACGGGCGGCUCUGCCCUGGGCGGGGAGGGGGACUCACAGGUCCUGCAAAGGAAUCACUGUUUUGGGCCCCUGCUCUGCUCGGCUGGGUCAGGGGUGCUCUCCCCCACUCGCUUCUGCAAUUUGCAGCAGGGGCCUGGCUGCUGCUCACUCCCAAUGACCCCUUCGCUCUGGGGACCCUCACCCCCCCACACACAGGGUGCCAGCAGGCAGUGGGUGCUCCGGGGCCUCCGCUCUUGAUGGUGAGUCCCACGGGCCAAGGUGGCUGAGAGCCAGCAUCCCGGGUCUUGGGCUGGGACAGGGCAGGGGUGCAGACA